AUGACUUAUACUGAUGAUUUAACUGCUUUACAAAAUAGUAUUACUGGUGUUGCGGACAAGUUGGAUGUUCUUACCGAAACUAUCACCAACUUCUAUGUUCUUGAUGAGAAUACGCAGAAUCAGAAGGCAGCCGAAAGACUUUCGCGUAAAAAACAAGAAAGAAUUGAUUUUGCUGAUAAGCUCACUACAUCCUUGCGUACUCUAUUUACAGAAUUUUUCCCUCCCAAUCAUCCAAAUAAUGGCGCUGCACCUCCUCCACCACCUCUGGGUAAUCAACACCUGCGACCUAAUUCAUUUAAUAUUAAGUUUCCUACUUUCAAUGGUGAGGAUCCUGAUGGCUGGAUCUUCAAUGGUGACCAAUACUUUAGUGUAUAUAACAACUCUGAUGCUCUCAAAAUCAUUGUUGCUUGUGCACAUAUAAAAGGAGAGGCCAAUAUUUGGUAUCUAUGGAAGCGCACCAGAGUUGUUGUGACAACAUGGCUAGAAUUCUGCAACUUAAUUCGUGCUCGAUUUAAUCCUGAAAAGUUUGUUGAUGCUCGCCUAGUCAUUAGCACCAUGGAGCAAAAAGGUACGGUUCAUCAACAUAUCUCUGAGUUCGAAAAAUUACUGAAUUUUGUUGAAUUUCCAGAAGAUUAUUUGAUAAGUUGUUUUAUUCGAUCCCUUAAACCCCAUAAUGGGUCUGUUGUUAAACUGCUUGCACCACAAACCUUGGAUGAGGCCUAUACUAAGGCAAUACAUCAGGAAGAAGCUUACGCUGCUACCAAGUUUGUUCCCAGACCAUCAUAUCGUCCACCUCCAUUCAGAGGUCCAACUACACCUCAACUGGCUCAACAACAACAACCAACUUUUCCUCAGGGUUAUAGGAGAUUAUCACCAAAAGAACAAAGAGAAAAACGAACUAAGGGUAUUUGCUUCAAGUGUGAUCAGCCAUACAGACCAAAUCAUAUAUGUGUUAAUCCUCAGUUAACUAUCUUGGAUAUUGAGGAACCUACAACAGAACUUGCCAUACACGCUGUGGAUUGUUUUUCUGCGUCUGAAGUUAAUAAUUCAGCGGAGGAUGAUUCUAAGGUUGAGGAUGUUCCUUCUAUUUCUCUGAAUUCACUCAUUGGUUCUCCCUUUCCUACUACAAUGCGUAUUACAGGUUUUUCUAAAGCCAAUCCAAUUACAAUUCUAGUAGACUCUGGUUCUACUCACAAUUUUAUUAACCCAUCGUUUGUCAAACAAUGUGGUUAUCACAUUCAAUCCAAAGAUACUUCUCUUAGUGUUACAUUGGGUGAUGGUGGCCAUAUAGACACUCAAGGAACAUGUGUAAACAUACCAAUUCAACUGCAGAAUCACAUAUUUUCAAUUGAUUUCCAUGUCUUGGCUGUUAGUGGAUGCGAAGCGGUUUUAGGGGUUCAAUGGUUACGCAAGUUAGGACCUAUUCAAUGGGAUUUUGAAAAAUUAUUAAUGAAGUUUAAAUAUGACGGCGCAGACAUUCAACUAGUUGGUAAUAACUCUUCUGCAAUGAUGUUCUUGGAUACUACUCCCAUGCAGAAAUUGCUACGUAAAGAGGUUUAUGGGUUCUUUCUACAAUUAACUGCAGUACAUAAUUCUGCAUUAAUUACUCCUUCAAUUGAAAACCAUGCAAUUAAGAGGUUGAUAUCUACCUUUCAAGAUGUGUUUGCAACACCAACUUCUCUUCCUCCGACAAGACUACAUGAUCAUCGCAUUCCAUUACUACCAGAUUCUUCUCAUGUUAAUGUUCGUCCAUAUAGAUAUCCACAUUUUCAUAAGGAUGAGAUUGAGAAGAUUGUUUCGGAACUCAAGCAAGAUGGUUUCAUACGUCCAAGUUCUAGUCCAUUCUCUUCACCCAUAUUAAUGGUUCGUAAAAAAGAUGGGUCAUGGAGAAUAUGUGUGGAUUACAGGUCUUUAAACAAGUUGACAAUUAAAGAUCGUUAUCCUAUUCCUAUGGUAGACUAA